AUGAUCACGCGCAAUCAUCAUCGGUGUCUUCGAUUAGGAGGCCCCGGCGCCCUGUAAUGCCGGCGGUGGCGAUCUUAGUUCGACCAGAUCGCUUGCGGCGUUCACAAGUUUACCGCGCGUCUACAAAUUCAAAUCAAUCAGCUCGAUCUUGCAGCAACCAUGGUCCAGAAUCAAUCAAGAAUGAUUAAUCUGCCGGAACUGGAGGCGGUGAAUCGCAUCAGUAAUCUUCCGAUUGUGGAAACCGGAUGGAACUAUGCGGAAUACAUGUAUCAACGUAUCAAGCAUUCAAAUAACUUGCUGCAAUGGACAUUAGACCAAGCCGAAUCAUCGCUCUACAACGUCAUUGACACUGCCUCACCAGCAGUGUUUUUACUCGAAGGCCCACUCUCAACUAUCGACCGUUUGUUGUGCAAAAGUUUGGACAUUGUCGAGCAAAAAGUGCCCUCGAUCCACCUGCCACCGCAAAUGAUCUACACCAACACCAAGCAGUACGUGAGUGAUGUGGGCAGCAAAAUCGUCCGGCCGGUGUUGAAGCGCGCCGAUUCAGUCAAGCAGAUCGGCAACCAGGUGCUGGAAAGCAAAUUCACCGCAUUCGCCGCUGACAAACUUGAUGGUGCUCUCUCCGUGGCCGAUAUGUACGUGGAUAAAUAUCUUCCGGCUGAUGUGUUUGACAAGGGUAACGAAGGUGUUGAUGUUGUGGACGCACCUCCAAGUGGUAGUGGUAAUGCUGGUAAGGCCCUACACACCGGUCAGCACAUGUUUCGCUUCUCAAAGAAGUUACGUCGUCGUCUUACCCAACGCACUUUGUUGGAAGCUAAGGCUUUGAAGGAGCAAAGUGCUGAAGCCAUCCACGUUUUGGUUUAUGUUGCUGAAUUGAUUGCUACUGAUCCAAAACUGGCUCUACAGAAGGGUCGUGAAUUAUGGGCGACGCUUAGCAAGGACGAACCGGAAAACCAAGCCCGUCCAGAGAACCUUGAACAACUCAUUGUUCUCCUCACCAGGGAAACAGCCCGUCGUGUUGUACACCUCAUCAAUUUCACUGCUGGUGGUAUUGGGAAGGUACCACGUCGUGUGGCCCUUGUUUUGAACGCAGUGACAACUUCCUGCUUCCAAUUGCUGGAUACUUUGAUGAAGACUGUACAUUUGGACGGCGUUCGGCGAUUUUUGUGGCGGGAGGGUCAGGCACGCGGCCAUCUUGUUAAAAACAUACUCAGACAGCUAAAUAUGCGCACCACUGAUCUGCUGGAGCAAUUCUCGUUGAUGUUAUCCGCUGAAAAAAACUCAACCCCACCAGUGUGCAACACAAACUCAACCGGUAAACCAAUCCAACCCACUCCCAAAGUACAAGAACCAUCAUACGCCAUUUUGGAAAACGCCAUCAACGCAGCAUCGUUGAAUUUCACCAACGCCAACGACUGCAACGAUCAACCCAAACCCACGAACCAGGACUCACUCAAACCACCAGCGAGCAGUAAGACCCAGCUGAAAGCAACCCACCGAAACGCCAACAACGCAUCGGAACCAGUCGCGAAUGGCGAAGGCAUCAAAUCAUAAUCAACGCAUCAAAACAUUACUCAGUUAGACAAUCGAAUAUAUUAUUACUUGUAGAGUUAGAUUUCAGGAUCAGGAACAACAGAGAUGUCGAUUUAACUUAUUUGUGUUACCGUACACUUACUAGCGUUUAAGUUUAAUAUUAUUUUGUUUCGAUUUUAUUCCUGAGCGUUGAGCAUGUGUGCAAUAUUAUCCAUAUUGAAAGAGAUAUGAUGUAGGGAUGUUGCUAUAAUGUGUAUAUUUGGGAUUAAAACUUAGUAAUACUCAA